AUGAACAUUGUAGGUUCCAAAUGGGUCUUCCGCAACAAGUAUCUGUCCGACAAAUCCAUUGAUGAUCUCAAAGCCCUUAAGGCCUCCACGGUUCGUGUUGCGUUCUCUCUGGCUAUCACCCAUGGUUGGCCCCUCCGCCAACUUGAUGUUAAAAAUACUUUUCUUAAUGGUACUUUGCAGAAACAUGUUAACAUGGAGCAGUUUCCUAGUUAUGUUGAUCCCCGCUUCCCUCAUCAUCUUGGUUUUACUUGCAAUCAUGCUGAUCCAUCUGUGUUUGUUCUUCAUCCCCAGCAGCACAUCAUUUAUCAUUUAUUGUAUGUUGAUGACAUCGUUCUCACUGGCAACAAUGCAUCUCUUUUGAAUGGCUUCAUUAGGCAACUUCAUUCGGAAUUUGCUACCAAGGAUUUGGGUUCUCUAAGUUAUUUCCUUGGCCUUGAAGUCACCUCCAGCUCUAUUGGACUCUUUCUUAGCCAAACCAAGUAUACACGGGACAUUCUUGCUAGGGCUCAACUUCUUGACUGCAAACCAAUGACUACUCCUAUGGCUUUUGCUCAACGCCUUUCCUCCAAUGGUCCCCCAUUUGUAGAUGUUAUAUUUUUCUGCUCUCUUGUUGGUGCCUUGCAAUAUUUGACCAUCACUCGCCCAGACUUUGUGUACUUAGUCAACUCAGUCAGUCAAUAUUUGCAUGCUCCCACUAAUGACCAUUUCCAAGCUGUGAAGCACAUUCUUCAGUAUGUCAAGGGUACUCUUCACUUUAGCUUAAUGUUCACUGCCUCCUCUUUCGCCAAGAUUAUCGCCUACUCUGAUGCCGACUGGGCUGGAUGCCCUGAUACUCAACGCUCUACUUCGGGCUACUCUAUCUACCUUGGUGACAAUCUUGUCUCUUGGAGUGCUAAGAAGCAGCCCACGGUAUCUCGCUCUAGUUGUGAGUUAGAGUAUCGUGCCCUUGCUCCCAUCGCUACUGAGGUUUUAUGGUUAGAACACCUUCUUCGCGAUCUGUGUGUCUCUACUACAAAUUGUCCCCUUUUUCUAUGCGACAACAAAAGUGCUGUUUUCUUGAGCUCCAAUCCAGUAACUCACAAGCGCUCCAAGCACAUUGCUCUAGACUAUCACUUUCUUCGAGAGCUCGUGGUUUUGCCGAUGUCUUCACAAAGAGUGUUUCGAGGCCACUCUUCACCUUCUUUUGAUCCAAGCUACGUGUGUGCUCUCAUCCCAUGCUUAGCUUGCGGAGUGGCAGUGGGUGUUAAGGAUUCUCGAGAAUCCUCUCCUAAUUCUCAGCAAUCCUUUCCUUGA